AUGUCAAACACCUCAGAAGGGAAUGUGAUAAAAUACCAUGAAAUAUUCAAACCCGGAGUUGGAGGCAAGGGAUGUGUUAAAAAUGUGUUAACGAAGGGAAUUGCUGGUAUCGGGAAGACCAUAACAGUGAAGAAAUAUCUCCGUGAUUGGGCUGAAGCAAGAAACAAAGAUGACAUUGACUUUGACUUUGUUUUUUUGUUUCCUUUCCGAGAUUUAAACAAAUACAAACUUGGGGUGUACAGUCUACUUGAACUUUUCUAUUUCUUCUACCCUGACCUUAAGAAAGUGGGUAGUGCAAGCAUAUUUGAAGGCAAGCUCUUGCUCAUCUUUGAUGGUCUGGAUGAAAGUGACUGUCCACUGGCUGCCACCAACCCUGUCCUAACUGAUGUGAAGAAAGCAGCUUCAUUGGAUGUGCUUCUCACAAAUCUCAUGAGUGGAAAGCUGCUGCCUUCUGCUCAUCUGUGGAUAACCACUCGCCCUGCAGCAGCUGCUCAACUCCCAGAGGAGAUACUGACCGAUGGAUACGUCACACAGAUACAAGGUUUCAAUGAUCAGCAGAAGAUGAAGUAUUUCGAGAAGCAAGUGCAGGAUCAGAAUGAGGCUAGAAGAAUCAUGUCGUACCUCAAAUCCACCAGAAGCCUCUUUAUCAUGUGCCAUGUGCCACUUUUCUGCUGGAUGUCAGCUCGUGUACUUACAAACAGUCAAAGUGGAGAUAAAUGUGGUGUAAGCCCCAAAAGUCUUACUGAAAUGUACAUUCACUUUCUUAUCACUUUGUCAGGUUUCAGCCACAAAAAAGAUCAGGGAAUUCAGUCUCGAUCAGAUAAACUUAAACAAGACCACGACAUCAUCCUGAAAUUAGGAAAGCUAGCCUUUCAGUAUUUGGAGAUGCCACAAAUGUACUUUGAUGAAAACGAUUUUAAAAACUGUAACAUUGACAUCAGUGAGGCGUUGAAAUACCCAGGUCUUUGUGCAGAGCUCUUGAAAAUGGAAUGGGGGCUGCAUUCAGAAAAGUCUUAUUGCUUCAUACAUUUAAGUUUUCAGGAGUUUCUUGCGGCUUUGUAUGCUUUUCAUGAAUUUUCAGGCAACAACCAUGAUGCACUGAGAUGCUUUAAACCAAAGCAUGGGAAGUUCAGCAAUUUGACUGACUUUUUGAAUGCUGUUGUUGACAAGGCCAUCAAUAAUAAAAAUGGACAUCUAGAUCUUUUUACACGAUUUCUUUUUGGCAUCUCACUUGACUCCAGUAAAGAUCUCUUAAAGGGUUUUCUGCCUGACCAGCGAAGCAGCAACGGGUACCACAAAAAAGUUGUCCAACACAUCAAAGCACUGAGAAAAAAUAAUCUCUGCCCACAUAGGUGUGUUAACCUUGUCCAUUGUCUGGUUGAGCUUCAUGACAAGUCCUUUCUGGAGGAACUGGAA